CGCUCCUUCUCAAAGCACAGAGCAGAUAAUGAUGCAGAAAUGGUCUACAAUUUAAUUUCGCGGUAGCUUCAUGCCCCUUUAACUGAUCGCUAGCAGGAAAUGUGCGCGGUUCCCUCUGCUUCAAUAAUUAUACCCUUUAAAAACCAGCCUGGAUUUCUGUCGGCGAUCCCCACGUCCACACGCCUGAUUUACUCAUCCGAACGUGCCCUUUAAUGCUCAUUUUCUGUCGGCGGUGCUAAUGAUUGCGCCUCGUUGAACCAGCGGGCUGCAAAUCGACAGACUUCUUUCCCGAGUUUGAUUUGUGUGCCCCUGCUGGCAUUGCCCCAGUCACCGAUAGCGAUGUCCCGGCUGCUUCUCUGCCUGCUCUCUAUGCUACUAAAGCCCGGGCCGGCCCGUGGAUACUUCCCGGAGGAGCGCUGGAGUCCCGAGUCGCCGCUGCUCGCUCCCCGGACUAUGCUUGCUCUCCUCUGCCGCAACUCGGCUCACUCGCUCCCUUACGUGUUGAGUAGCAUCGAGAACCUCAGUUUUCCGAAGGACCGCAUCGCGCUCUGGGUGGCGACGGAUCACAAUGCUGACAACACGACGGUGGUGCUGCGGGAGUGGCUGAUCGGUGUGCAGAGCCUCUAUCACUACGUGGAGUGGAGACCGCAGGAGGAGCCCAGAGGGUAUGAGGAUGAGAUGGGCGCCAAGCACUGGACGAACCUUCGCUACGCACAUGUGAUGAAACUGCGCCAGGCCGCGCUCUCCGCCGCCCGGGAGAUGUGGGCCGAUUACAUCCUGUUUGUGGACUGUGACAAUCUGCUCACUAACCGGGACACUCUGUGGAAGCUCAUCUCUGAGAACAAGACGGUGGUGGCUCCCAUGCUGGAGUCCCGCGCAGCGUACUCCAACUUCUGGUGCGGCAUGACAGCGCAGGGUUACUACAGGCGCACUCCAGCCUACAUGCCCAUUCGAAAGAGGGAGCGGAGGGGCUGCUUCGCUGUUCCCAUGGUGCACUCCACCUUCCUCAUCGACCUGCGCAAGGAGGCGUCCCAGGAGCUGGCAUUCCACCCCCCCCACCCCGACUACACCUGGGCCUUCGAUGACAUCAUCGUCUUCGCAUUCUCUGCACGCAUGGCCGAUGUCCAGAUGUUCAUCUGCAACAGGGAGCUCUACGGCUACUUUCCGGUGCCCCUGCGCGCUCACAGCAGCCUGCUGGACGAGAGCGACAGCUUCAUGCACACGCUGCUGGAGGUGACCGUAAACCACCUGCCAGUGGAGCCCUCCCGCUUCCUCCCGGUGCCCCCCAAACACCCCGACAAGAUGGGCUUCGACGAGGUCUUCCUGAUUAAUCUCAAGAGGCGUAAAGACCGUAGAGAGAGGAUGCUGCACACUCUGCAUGAGCAGGAGAUCUCCUGCAAGGUCAUCGCUGCUGUGGACGGGAAAGCUCUCAAUGUCAGUGAGAUCGAAGCCAUGGGCAUUACUAUGCUGCCAGGUUACCAAGACCCUUACCACGGGCGCCCACUCACGAAGGGGGAGCUCGGCUGCUUCCUCUCCCACUACAACAUCUGGAAGGAGAUUGUGGAGCGCGGUCUGGAGACAUCGUUGGUGUUUGAAGAUUUGGUGUUUGAAGAUGACCUUCGGUUCGAGGUGUUCUUCAAGAGGAGGCUGCAGAACCUCAUGCAUGAGAUCCAGACCCAGGGGCUGGACUGGGACCUCAUUUACAUCGGUCGCAAGAGGAUGCAGGUGGAACACCCAGAGAGGGCGGUGCCUAACGUGCACAAUCUGGUGGAGGCGGACUACUCCUAUUGGACGCUGGCCUACGCCAUCUCUCUGCAGGGGGCGCGCAAGCUGCUCGACGCUCAGCCACUCGCCAAGAUGCUGCCUGUCGACGAGUUCCUGCCAGUCAUGUACAACAAGCACCCAGUGGCCGACUACAUGAAGCACUUUGAGCCAAGGGAUCUGCUGGCGUUCUCCGCGGAGCCCCUGCUGGUCUUCCCCACUCACUACACAGGCGACGCUGGCUACAUCAGCGACACGGAGACCUCCACCAUCUGGGACAACGAGGGGCAGCGGACCGACUGGGACCGCCGGAGAUCUCAGAAAACACACGAGCAGGCGGAGCUGAGCAGCGAGGCCCAGAACUCGGACGUGCUUCAGUCUCCGCUGGACAGCACGGCCCGGGACGAGCUCUGACCAUCACC